AUGCUUUAUGACUUGUAUUCAAAAGAAAAGCAAAACGGAAAUGAAUUUAAGAGCUUACAAUUUUUAGAGGAAUAUAUUUCGACCUUCAUUCGUUCAAUUCCAGAAAACCAGCUCACCGCUGAGGAAUUGGAGCAUUUGAGAAGAUUAACUGAAAAAUUUAUAGUUAAAUGCAACGUUGUUGCAAUGGAUUACUUGACCAAUCAGAGGAACAAAAAUAUGAGUAAGGCUUGUCUUGACAAGGCAAAAAAUAUCAUUGAUCUUUAUGGACGAAUUGUUUUUAAAGAGGAGGAAGAAAAGGGAACAAAGCUGUUAGUGUCUACACUUAGUAAUUUUUCAGUUUUUUACAAAGAAUGUGGAAAUCUAGAAAAAGCUUUAAAUGCUCUCAAUCUAGCUCAAAAGGCAGAAACUCAUUUCAAUGCAAGUUUAGAGCUUAAUUUUUGUGCGGUAUUGUCCCAAAUGAAUCGACACGAAGAGGCGUUAAAUCAUGGUCUAGAAGCAUUAAGACAAUUAGAGCUUUUCAAGAAACUCAAUCGAAUCAAACACAACAUUGCAAGUUGCAAUGAAACGUUAAUCAUUGCUUUUUACAAUGUAGCUGUUGAAUAUGAACAUUUAAAGCAAACAACAUCAGCAAUGGAAUACUACUCGAAAGAGAAUGCAUCAAAAUUAUCAGCACGACCAUCGACACUCACUUCAGACUCUCGAGGUACUCAUGUACGAAAAGUCAAGCCACCUUCGCUGGUUCUUCCUCAACCAACAGCUCUCAAAAAACCUCUAGCUCAGGAGGCUCUUCAUCCGGUAACAGAAGUUCUGAUCAUUUUCAAGAGUCUCUAUCUGAAAAGAGGAGAACUCAGAGUACCAACUUGUCACUCAACACGAGUACAGUGA